AGAGGGCUUUAGCCUCCCACGGGGUCCUCAGACACCAAAGAUACAAAGAGCAGAAGAGCUGAGCCUUUUGUGUAAACUCCUACAGCCCAGAUCAGCAAGUCUAAGUGCUGAAGGGCAAUGAGCACGCCAGCCAGUGCUGAGCACCUCGGUACUGCUGACAGAGUGACAGCAGCAGAAACUGAUCGCAAGCGGUGAGCUGUGAUCAUAUGGGAGCAACCUCAGCUCAAGUCCCCCUCAAAACCAGCAAGGACAUCAGAGUGUUGAAACUGUUAUUCUGCUCCUGGCAGGAUUUCACUGCAACUGGUUCUUCCAACACAGACACAGGCAAGGCUUCAGGCAGUCUAAAGACCAAAUAUAAGAUCAAAGACUAUGGACUUACAUUCACCCAGAAGUGGAACACAGAUAACACUCUGGGAACAGAAGUGUCCGUGGAGGAUCAGCUGGCUGAAGGAUUGAAGGUGGCUCCGGACACUACAUUUGUACCAAACACAGGGAAGAAGAGUGGAAAGUUGAAGACCUCCUACAAAAGAGACUAUGUAAAUCUAGGCUGCAACAUAGACGCUGAUCUCUCUGGACCAACCAUCUAUGGCUGGGCAGUGUUGGGCUAUGAAGGCUGGCUUGCUGGCUACCAGAUGACUUUUGAUACAGCCAAAUCUAAGCUCUCACAAAAUAACUUUGCCUUGGGAUAUAAGGCAGGAGACUUUCAGCUGCACACUAAUGUAAGACAGUGGCAUCACAGCACCUGAUCACGUUAACUUGGAACCGAAGUCUGUCAACUUCUGCUUUGGUGAUAAAGAGGCUUCGGUUAAGCUCCUGAACUUCCUC